GGCGCGCGGACCGUGGUAGGGGAUUCGAACGAUUCCCGUUCUCCUCCUCCGCGGUCGCGUUCGAGGCGGUCGAGAGUGAAGUGCCUGCCCAUGCAGGAACACCGGCCCGAGACACCCGUCCCCGUACCAUUUCGAGUCACCGGCUUGGCCUGGCCUGAUAGCGAGCCACCGAAUCCUCGUUUAUCCAUCCAUCCGUAUUGACGUUUCGCUCCGACCAGACACGCUCGAUACGAUGCCCGCGUCUGUGCACGGGAUCCACGGACUGGUUCGAGCGUCGUGUGAUUCGUGACAGUGUCGAGACAGUUUCGCGCGUGCAGUUCGAACGUUCGAUACGAGGGGUUAACGAUAAUAAUCCGAUCGAAGCGUCACGUUUAUUUUUUCGAAGAGGAGGACUGAGAUUUUCGAUCCGAUCCGAAGGAGGAUCCUUGACCGUUGUGGACUUGAGUUUUGUGCUUCUCGGUCGGACAAGUUGUGAUUUUUCUCCUCUUGAACCUGUGCGACGAUAGAUACAUAAGAUAAGAUCGAUCAAAGAGGAGAGAGAGAUCGUUUCGAGGAGAGGAAUUCGCAAGGAUGAAAGGAUUCGCGCGUACGUACGGAGUGCGAGUCGUAGGAGUCGUUUUCGCGAUGUAAGAGGAACUGUUUCUGAAGGAUGACUGGGGACGAUCGGCGGGAAUGAAGGAUGACGGUGCGUCGUUGAAGAGAAGAGGAGCUGCGUGUCGACGAGUGUGUAGCAGUUUCUUCCGCGCUAAUAACAAUGACGAUGAUACACGUUCGAAUCGAAAACACGGUGGUGCGAAAAUGCGGCUAAGUGUCGAUCGACCGAGUUUCAGCGCGCACCACGGAUAUUGACGCACGGAUGCAACACCGUUCGCACCCGCCCGCUUUGAGUCUCGAUCGGUCGAGCCCGAUCACGGUUUCCACGCCGUCGGUGAGGGGUGGCGAUCGAUCGGCGGAAGGAAUGUGCACGACGGAAAUGACGGAAUCGUACACGAUGUCGCCGUCGAGGUCCACGGUGUCCUCGAGCGCGACCACGCCUGGCUGCUUGGGCGGGUCGCCGGUCCACCGACGGACGCCUUGCAGAGGGUCGCCCAGCCGGGGCGACGUCCAGGACGACGAGGACGAGAUCUCCGUUGGCUGCCCCAGCCCUUUGCCCCUCGUCGUGGUCGCGCCCGCCGCGGACGAGGAGGAACGGUUGUCCCAGUCGAGGGACAACGAAUACGUGGACAGGCUGAGCCCGCGGAGGAGUUAUCCCAGGGAGUCGGUGAUCGACGACGAGGACAGCAGUUACUCGCGCGGCGGCGAUUACAGGAUGUCGAACGGGAGAGGGCUACGGGGGGUAGGUCACGAGGGGAGCGGCGGCGGCGACUCCGUGACCACGUUGAGGGAGGACGAGGAGGAGGAGGACGAGGAGGAGGACGAGGAGGAAGUGAACAGUAGGACUAGCAGUAACGGUGGUGCCGCGGACGAUUACUUCAAGCCUCUGAAACGUUUGAAGAUGGUGCAGAUGCAGCACUCGGACGAGGAGGACGAGAGGGAUCGGGACACGAACGAGCGCGGGGUCAAGUCUUUCAGCAUACUGGACAUCUUGUCGCACAGACCGAAGGCGAAGAUCGUGCGCCCGUGGGACACGGUCGAGUCGAAUCACCACCAUCUCAACCACCGCCACCACCUGCACCAGCAACAGCAACAGCAGCAGCAGCAGCAGCACCACCAUCACCAUCACCUCCACCAUCACCACCAUCAUUCCAAUCAUUCCACGCCGCCCAGGGAUCUGUCCUUGAUGGGCAUGUCCCUGGCGUCGAUGUCGGCCGGCUCGAUCAGCGAGCCACCCCUCAGCAGCUCGUCCUCGUCCGGGAGGAGUUCCGUGUCCGAUUCCGGAAGCCCGGACCCGUUGGGCCAUCAUCAUCACGGCAUGCAUCACGGUAUGCAUCCGGGCCUGCAUCACCCGGUGCUGCAGCAGCAGCAGCAGCAGCAGCAGCAACAGUUCAAGAGGAAAACGUCGCAGCAACACGGGUCCCAGAGCGGGCAUCACGGGAAGAGGACCACGGGACAGGGGAGCCCUUUGGACGCGUUGUUCCAGAUGACCAGCAAAACUUUCGACGCCGGUGAGCACAGUCAAGAGCAAGCAAAUCACCUGAACUUGUUCAACAACCGGCAGCAACCGAAGAAGAAGCGCAAGAGUCGAACAGCAUUUACGAAUCAACAGAUCUUCGAAUUGGAGAAACGAUUCCUAUACCAGAAGUAUUUGAGCCCGGCCGAUAGGGACGAGAUUGCUGCGCAAUUGGGACUGAGCAACGCUCAGGUGAUCACGUGGUUCCAGAAUAGGCGAGCGAAGCUAAAAAGAGACAUGGAGGAGUUGAAAAAGGACGUGCAGACAGUGAAUCCUCUGUUAGUCGCUCAACAUCACAAGACGUUUUUAGAGAACGUUCAAGAUCUUGGAAUCCUGAAGAAACGACCCUUGCCGAGCAUGGACGAGAAGUCGUAGGGAACGAGACGCCUCGAUGCUCGUCGUUGAGGGAAAAUCGUGAUUUCUUAAAACUAGAGGCUUACACAGGAAAAAAAAAACUCUAUUGAUCUAGAGUGAUCGUUUGUCGAUUGUAGCAAGCGUUUUCUAUAAUGCAAUCGUAAAAUUACGCAAAAGUGAAGUCAUACUUGUUCUUUUUUUUCUACGUGAAUCGACUCGAACGAAAGAUUUUGAGGUUAGGAUUUUCGUAGUUCUGUUUUCCGUAGUAUACGAUAUUACGAGUAUAAUAUUGGGGGAAAAUAGGAAUUGUGAUCGUUGUGACAGCGUGUUUUUUUUUUUCUUUUUUUGGAAAUAUUUGAUACAUUAUAGAAAAUUGUGGAUAGAGAUGGAGGAUACGACUAGGCAUAGUACAAAGAAAGCGUCUUCUUCGACAAUAUAUCGCGGGAAACGAAAGGAGAAACAAUUGUUUCGACGAAACAAUGAAAUAGGCGGAAUUCGUUCAUAGAAAUUACGCAUUGAUUUCUGUCGGUUAUCCGUGAUGUCGAUACGUCGAGAAGAUGUACAAAGACUGAGAGAGUCUGCAAAAGUCUGACGGAUGAUAAGGCGACGUUGAUGAGGCGAUUGAAAGUGAUCGUGGCAUGGCGAGGUGAGAAUAUUAAAAUGAAUCUUUUAAUUGUUUGUAAAUUAAAGACUGCCAAAUAUAUUCACAGCUGGCCCUCGUCGACCUCCGGUCCAUCGAAUGACAUUUUCGAAAUCAGGAUCGGAUCACCCCGUGUUCUCAGCCAUUUUACACAAAAAUUUUUAUCAGGCGAGGCGAUGUCAGACGGAAGAUAUAAAUUCUACGUUACACGAAAGAAAGGAAGAGAAAUACGUGUUCUGACCAAAAUGUUAAACGGAUUUUACGUUUCCUUUAACGAAUACGUAGGACGACUAUUCCUCGGACACCUGUAUCAUAUUGUAUUUAUUUGCGGAAAGACGAGAUGAAGGGAAUCGCGAUGAAUAAAAAUCUAAAAGUGAUCCAGAAGAAGCAUCGAUGAUUUAUGUAAGUUAUUAAGUAAAUAUUAUAGCAUAUAAAUUAUAAUAGAGUGCUAUCGCGAGGCAUUCGUCAUUGUACAUAAGCUAUAUAUAUAUAUAUACAUAUAUUACAUCGUUCAUCCCCUUCGAUAUUACGCAUAAACGAGAUAGAGUCGUCGUGUAUGAUUGAAAUGAACGGAAAGAGAGACAAAAGAAGAAAAAUAAAUACUUAAGUAAAUAAAUGAAAAGAGACAUAUAAGUGAUACAUAGAUGGGACACUGCAAUAUACCUGGUCAUCAUUUUAAUUAGUGAGCUUUAUGAUCGCGUAAGAUGUAAAUCCGUAUCGCGCUUGAUGAUUUGCGAGGUGAUAGACGCGUGAAAUGAGAGCCGAGAGUGCGUGUGUAUGAAACAGAAUCUUAGUAGCGUGUAUAGUGAGUCGAAAUAAAUGGAGACAUUUAAAAUAAA